AUGACCGCAAUACUCGGGGGUGGAAUAGCCGGUCUGAGUGCUGCAUUUUACGCGUCCGAGAGGCGUUUGGCCCAGCCGAUACUGUUGGAAGCAUCGAAUCGAUUAGGUGGCUGGAUUCACAGUUUGGAAUUGCCGAAUGGAACGAUUUUCGAAAUGGGUCCAAGGAUGAUAAGACCUCAGGGCCUUCAAGGAAAAAACACGUUGAACUUGAUAGAUCGUUUAGACCUGCGUGACAAACUUUGGCACGUAACAUCCGAUCAUCCAGCAGCGAAAAAUCGAAUGAUAUACGUGAAGGAAAAGUUAUACGUUUUGCCCAAUUCUCUGUCUGGUUUAUUCAAAAGCAUGGAGCCUUUCGGUGGUCCAUUGAUAAAAAUAUACUGGAGAGAUAUGAUGGCACGGAAGGUUGCGAGCGAGGACGAAAGUAUGUACAGCUUCGUCGAGAGAAGAUUCGGCAAAGAUAUCGCUGACAAUCUUAUAAGUCCUAUGCUGUGCGGCAUUUGUGCGGGUGACGCUAAGAAAAUAAGCGUCAAAAUGUUAAUGGCGAGGAUGUUCGAAGUUGAGCAGAAACACGGCUCAGUUUUUAAUGGCUUCUUACUCGAAGGUUGGCGAAAAAUAUUUUCAAAAAAAGACAAAACUGUUGACGUUGACAUGAUGAAAAAGGCCAAUUUAUAUGACGUUGACUCCGAGUCGGCAGUUGCCGCUCAAACAGAAAAAUGGGCUAUGUGGGGAUUGAAAGGUGGUUUUGAGCAGUUGCCAAAUAAAUUGACCGAAAAGUCGAGAGCACAAGGCGCCGAAAUUCGAUUGAAUGAGCGAUGUGAAAAUAUCACUUUUUGCAACGAUCACAUUGAGCUCAAAUUCGACGACGGAACGCACACAUGCUCACAAUUAAUUUCCUCUUUAUCUGCAAAAAGUCUGGCCCCGCUACUGGAACGUCAACAUCCUCAAUUGGCCAGAGAAUUAUCGGCCAUUCCUUAUGUCACCGUAGCAAUCGUUAAUCUUGAAUUUCCGGGCAACUGCUUGCCCAUGGAUGGUUUUGGUUUUCUCGUUCCUCCAAAAGAAAAAAAUCCUAUUUUGGGUGUAAUCUUCGACUCCUGUGUUCAUAUCAACGAGAAUUUCACGGUACUGACGGUGAUGAUGGGCGGUGCCUGGUUUCAAGAACACUUUGGCACAUCACCAACCGAGGAACACUUGUUACAAGUUGCCCUCGAUCAAGUUGCGAAGAUACUUGGAAUAAAAGAAGCUCCCACGUCGAAAAAUGUAGCUAUACUGAAGGAUUGUAUAGCGCAGUAUGUGGUCGGUCAUAAAAAACGACUAGAAAGAAUCCAAAAUUACAUAUCCGCUCAUGGGCUUCCUCUAGCGUUGUGCGGCUCCUCGUAUCAAGGUAUCGGUGUGAACGACGUUAUUCUGUCGGCAAAACAAGCCGUAUGUGAUAUCGAAGAACGUACGAAAUCUCGUUGAAUUAUCGUGUACACACUUUGAACGCAUACAAAACGAUAAAAUAAAACAAAGAACAACCA